UGGAGUCUGGACUGGUAUAAAACGUCAGCUGACAGGCGUUAGGUUAACUUAUAGGCUUUAGUUUAUAGCUACAAAGAGCAUAUAAAUUGCAAUUUCAAUUCAGACUUUAGUAUUCAGUAAAGUAAGGCCAUAGUGUUCGCCACACUUAUGUUUUAAGGGGAAAGAUUUAAUUUAAUGGAUAUAAAUUAAAUCAAAUUUUAAUGUCAUGUGAAAAUUACAUGGGUACAUUGAUCAUUUAACAUCACAAAUAUAAUUACAAUGUCUAAUUCUAUUGUUCAAUAUAUACUCCUAAGAAGUGAUUUAUUAAAAGAUUUGGGAUGGUCUGUCGGUGCUUUAGUAGCACAGGCAUGUCAUGCAUCCACAGCCGCUCUCCAUAUAUUUAAGGAAGAUGAACAUACCAUUCAAUAUCUUAAUGAUUUAGAAAAUAUGCAUAAAGUUGUUUUAGAAGUGCCUAAUGAAGAAUCCUUGAAAAAAAUAGCAGAAAAAUUAAAAGAAAAUUCAAUAUCCCAUAAAUUAUGGAUUGAGCAACCAGAAAAUAUACCCACAUGUUUAGCUUUAAAACCUUACCCUAAGGAAGAUGUUAAGAAAUAUGUUGGUAAAUUCAAAUUGUAUAAAGCAACCAUGGCAAAUUAAAAUAUUUUAUUAUUUAUAUUAUUUAAUAAAA